AUGACGAAAGACGACGACAACAGACCAGGCGUGAACUCUGAGAAAGACGACACUGCUAAAGCUUGGUCAGAAUUAUCAGGAACUUUAGACGAAGUGUGGGACUUGACAGAUCGCACUUUUGGCAGACUCACGAAUUUGGCGUCUGUUUACGGAGAUAAAGUACAAGGAGCUCUGGACGACAAUUGGCGAAACUGGCUUGACGCAGAUAUGAUUUGGAGAUCUUCUUGGAAAAACGACGGUUCCGAAGGUGGUAACGGUUCGGACGACGGUGAGAAUAACGAAUCCUGGCAUAGGAGGUUUCACCGUGUUCGCGAUUGUCGAAAGGACUCGAAGAUGUGGGGAUACCCCGUGCCUUCACAACGUCAAUACGAUAAAUGUAUUGAGAAUAAUGGCACGUCUGUAUGGUCGCGAGAUGGCGUUUGGAGAUGUCUGUUCCCCGAAUCCAAUGCUAAUCCGAUGGCAAUUGCUAAUGCUAAAGACGUAGCAGCAUCUGCAUCUGCUUCUUCAGGCAGUUCGUUAGAGAACCACCAGUGGUUCACUGAUUACAGUGUUUAUCUCGAUUGGCGACGGGCUAUGCGCAAAGCAGAGGCUGCUAAACGUGAAUCUGAAUGGAACAGAAUUAAAGAAAGAAAAGAAAAACUCUUCUCGUUCCCAUCCGACUCGGAUAUCGAGUCUUCAGCCCGGUCUACCAGCAUCAGUAGCGGCAACAGCAGUGGAAACAAUGGGUCGACUGCAGUGAGCGCAACCUCGUCAGCUGCUAAACAGAUAACCGAGUCCGAGGCUGAAGACCAGGGCAAGAAUGUGAUAUCGAAGUCGAUUGUGGUGGAAUCGGUGUGGCGCGACGGCAAGCUCCAGACGAGACAGGUCGUGAAAAAGUGGUACGACGACAACACCGUCAGCGUCAAAGAGACCACUAACAGCAAUGCCAACUCCAAUUCCAACCCCGCCCUCACUUCUGGCACCUCGGAAGACGGUCUCAACCACCAUUCAAACGACUCCAAAGGCGGCUGGUUCUGGAAGUAA